AUGACGCUAUAUUUCGAUACGAAGGUACAGUUUCUUGACAGUGAGGCAAUCAGCACCGUCAGCUCAUGGCACCCAGUGGAACCGAUUUUCGCUGUUGCUUCGUACAGCAACGAAAGAGGUGGUUCUGUAACGAUAUUCGAUGAUACGGGUAUUCCACUUCGGGAUGUAUCGUUCCCGGUGCAUGCCACUUCCCAAGCGACCGUAUUGACGUGGCACCCCGAGCGCAAGAUUCUACUAACCGGUUGGGAGAACGGUGAAAUACAUGCGUGGUUCGAGGGAAAGCGUGACUUUGCCACCAUAAAUGGUCCUCACAAGUCACCGAUUAUGUUGCUGGAGUUUAGCGAAAAGGGUGGUCGCGUUAUUACCGCUGAUGCGAUGGGUGUGUUAACAGGAUGGCGGUUUGAUGGUCAGUCACAGUUUCUCACCAUGUUCAAUCACGAUCUGCGCGAUCCGCUCCUGCACAUCACCUUUCGAAAAUCGAUCCAGAGCGCUAGCAGCAAGGAGUUGACGAAUUUGGCACGGGCAGCGGUUGCUGGUGAUGAGGCGGCACUCGAUCAGCUGACUAGCUGGAGACCAAGGACCGCGGUGCGCAAUCUUGCUCAUGCAAGUGUACAUGAUAACUACUGUUUUUACGCGUGCACACAGGCCGGUAUACUGUACUACAUCAAUCAAACGGGCACGUGCACGGAAAUAGUACGUGGUGAUAGCAUCCCGAUCAUGCAGAUACUGUGGCACCCGAAGCAAGAUUCGAUCGUGAUACUGAUGGAGGAUAUUACGAUCGGGCACUACGAGGUGGAUACCAACGGGCAGAUCAGUGAGCUCGAUAGAGUCAAGCUAUCCGGGAAGGUGUCCGGUUCGAAGAGUGCCAUCACGUGGGUGGCCGGAUGUGCGCUCGCUAUUCUUACGGGUGAUCUGUCCGUACGCAUCUGGGACAUUGAGACGAACGAUAACUACGUGCUGUCGAUGGAGCUGAGCGCCGGUUCGGAACGGGACUCAACCGCAGACCGGUUACCGGUGAGUGCCGCUGCGCUGGAGGUGUUUACCUGUGUUGCCUACUGUUCGGAUACGCAAACGCUCAGUGCCGGUACAAGCCAGGGCAAUCUGUACACCUGGCGCCGUGCGGCAGGUCUGUACGGGCGGUCGUAUACGAGCACGGAAACCCAAUGGCAGCUAACGAACGUGACACCAGUGCGGGGCACUAUCAAGAGCCUGGUAUGGGGCACCACCGAAGCGAACCGCCCCUGCAUGAUGGUGAACUGCCUGUCGAAUGUGUUCAUCCUCAAGGAGCAAUCGUUGCUAUCGGCUCACGCACGUGCCGUUUGGGCGACGCAGCGAAAAUCAAACGAACUGCUUGUUCGUCAUGCAAACGGGCGCGAAGUCGUGCUGCACACGGAUAUAUCGAUCAUACAUCUGGCACUUAAUGAACUGCACGUUGUGGUAACGAAUGGGCGAACGGUUGCUGUGUAUCGGAUCGAGCAAGGAGGCACGAUGCGGAGUACCGCUGGACGGUUAGCAUCAACUGGUGGAGUGCCCACCGAUGGCGCCAAUGGGGAAACGGAUGCGUUGGUCGUUUCGUUUGUGGACAGUUUUGCGGUCGAAUGUGUGGCUGUUUAUCUGUACGAGCAGAGCAUCGUGGCACUCGGUGCGGAGCAGGUGAAGAUUUACUCGCUGAGCGGUAUCGUACUGCAGGAGAUUGUGUUCAACGGUAACGAAGGUAAACCGAUCGGUGUGGAUCUUGUCGGUCCGUAUCUGACCGUGUUCACGCUGCACGGUUACAUACGACUGUACGAUGUGUCACGGCACGAAAUUCGGCUCUUACAACCGCCGAAGAAUGCGUACGAUCUGUUCGAAAAGUUUGGCGAAAUCAUUAUGGCACGGACGAACGCCAAUGGUACUUAUGUGGCGCUAACGAUCGCUAACGAGCAGUUGCUACCGGACGGGAAGCUGUACCUCUGGAACUUGGAAAGCAAUGUGCUCAGCUGGCGAGAAUUUCACGCUCAGGAACAGAACGGACGGGUGCGAUGGUUGAAGGACGGUGCCGAACGCACGUCGGUCGCUUCCAGCACGCAUACCUGUUUGCCUGUUGGAUUUUUCUGGGAUGCAGAAGACGCACGUCUGCUCGCAUGUGAAACGAAACCCUUGCCGAAACAACAACCGACAGCGGUGCGAGCGUUUCAUCCCGACUCGCAAAUACAUGUUCUGUUUGUGGAGGGACAAAAAUCGGAACUAGCCGAGCUGGAGGUGCUGGAACCGAGCGCCGGUGGUGUCGCCGGAACGAGCGAGCAGAUGGAACUGAUCGGGUUGUGUGUUCCGCACCUGAUCGUGUUGCGCCGAAACGACAUUGCACGGCUAUCGUUGCGUGACUUCAAAGGGCUGGAUGCGUGCGAUCUCGCGACACGCGAAAUGGUGCUUAACUUUAGCCUAAACGUUGCUCAGGAAAAUAUGGACCAGGCGUUCAGCUGCAUCCGGUCGCUGCGGUCCGACACGGUUUGGGCGAAUCUGGCCCGGCUGUGCGUGCAAACGGGCCGUCUGGACGUGGCGAAGGUUUGCCUCGGGCAUUUGAGGCGUGCCCGUUCGGUGCGUGCACUUCGGCGGGCCACGGAAGACCCAACGCUCGAGCAGGAAGCGCGAGUCGCCGUGUUGGCGAUCGAGCUCGGCAUGAUGGAUGAAGCGGAAGCGCUUUACAAGCGGUGCGGUCGGUACGAUCUGCUGAACAAGCUGUACCAAGCGUCGGGCCGGUUCGAGGAGGCACUCGAGGUGGCGGAACACUUCGAUCGGGUGCAUUUGCGCAACACGUACCACAGGUACGCUGAGUGGCUGAAAGAGUGUGGCAAGACGCAGAAAGCGAUACAGUACUACGAGCGGACGAGCAGCCUGAUGCACAAUAUCAGCCAGCUGCUGAUGGAUGAUCCCGCUGCGUUGAAGCAGUACAUGCAGGCAACGGCCGAUCCGGAACUGUUGCGAUGGUGGGCCCAGUACGUCGAGAGCAGUGGCGACAUGGAGGGUGCGUUCAAGAUCUACCAACGGUCCGGUGAUUGGUUCUCGCAGGUGCGCAUACUCUGCUUUAUCGGGCAGGUUGGACGUGCUGAUGAGAUAGCGCGCGCGAGCGGUGAUCGGGCCGCCUGCUACCAUUUGGGCCGAUACUACGAGAAUAGUGGCAAACUGCAGGAGGCGAUACAGUUCUACACCCGCGCCCAGACGUACGGCAAUGCGGUGCGCAUUUGCAAGGAGAACGAUCUGCCGGACGAUCUCUGGACGGUUGCGUGUACGGCACGUGCCCGGGAUAAAGCAUCGGCGGCCGCCUACUUCGAAGAGUCCGGCGACUAUCGGCGUGCGGUGGAGCUGUACCAUCGAGCCGGCAUGCUGCACAAAGCAGUCGAGAUGGCGUUCCGUUCGCAGCAGCCCGAAUCGCUGCAGGUGAUCGCAUCCGAACUGGAUGCGUCAUCCGAUCCGGAUUUGGUGGCACGUUGUGCUGAUUUUUUCGUCGGCAUCGAGCAACCGUACAAGGCGGUCCAGCUGCUCGCCAACGCUCGGCAACUAUCACGCGCACUAGCGGUCUGUGCCGAACAUCGGGUACCGGUGACGGAAACGCUCGCCGAACUGCUCACCCCCGGGAAGGAGGAUCUGCCCGAGGGUGAGCGAGUGGCGCUACUCUUACGGCUGGGUGAUAUACUGCAGGAGCAGGGUGAUUAUCAUGCCGCUACGAAAAAGUUCACCCAGGCAGGUGAUCGUGUGCGGGCGAUGAAAAGUCUGCUCAAGUCCGGUGACACCGAUAAGAUUAUCUUUUUUGCCGGCAUGUCCCGGCAAAAGGAUGUGUACGUGAUGGCGGCAAAUUAUCUGCAGGCCCUCAACUGGCAGAACGAUGCCAAGAUACUGAAGAACAUCGUCACCUUCUACACGAAGGGACAGGCGUACAGUCAGCUAGCGAACUUUUACGCCAACUGUGCGCAAGCCGAGAUUGACGAGUUCCGAGACUACGACAAAGCGCUGAACGCACUGCAGGAAGCGGUCAAGAGUUUGUCGCGUGCAUCACCAGCUGGGAAUGCCUCCCAACCGGCUGCACUAGACGCGCUGCAGCUAGCAAUGGCUGAGGUGAGACGCGUUAUCGAGCUGCAGGAUGCGACGGAACGGCGCGAGUACAGCAAUGUGAUCAAGUUAAUUAAGGUCCGGCUAGAAGAGCGUCAAGAUCCACCGCCACCGGUGCGCGCAUGGGAUCUGCUAGCCCUGCUGGUGGAGUGUUUGGUGGCGACCGGUCAACAUUCCGAAGCGCUCUACUACGUGCGGGAGCUGGCGACACGGAAACCCGACUGGUACCAUCAAGAGCUGCUGGAUAAGGCCGUACUCGAUCGUUUGGUGGCGGAAACAGGCGUCAAUCUCGAACCGUACGUGAACGUUGCGAAGGUGAAGCGUCCGACCACGGCCACUAUCUCCACAAUGAGUGACGACGAAGAAAUUCAGGAGGUGUUCGAGUAG